AAGGUGGCUUUCGCCUUCGACAUAGACGGCGUACUCAAACAAGGCGAACAUGUCUUACCACAAGCUCGAAGGAUUUUAAAGCUGUUAUCUGGACAAAAUGAUACUCUUCCCAAACCUGUUCCAUUUUUGUUAUUGACGAAUGGGGGCGGUAUGACAGAAGCAGAGAGAUGCAAGGCUUUGUCGGAAGAGCUGGAGGUACCACUGGGCCCAAAUCAAUUGGUACAAUCCCAUACGCCUCUACGGGACUACGUAAUGGACUAUGCGGAUAAACCUGUUUUGGUCGUCGGUGGACAGGGUGAUGCGGGGAGAAGAAUAGCAGAAUCAUAUGGUUUGAAACGAGCGUACUUGAUGCAAGAUAUCCUUGCCUGGAGAUCGAGCGUGUGGGAUCGAUAUGUUUUAUCGGCGGAAGAGGAGGCUUUUGCCAGAACCGACAUAGAUUUCGCCUCCACACCCCUUCACGCCAUCUUCGUAAUUCACGACAGGGGUUUAGAUUGGGGCAUGGCCACCCAGAUCAUCACUGAACUACUCGCUUCUGAUGGAGGGCUGCUAGGAACUAGACGAAAGAGACGAUUUGGGGAGGAAGCAACGGGAGAGGUGCCGUUAGUCCUGACAAACCCGGAUUUUGUAUGGGGAACUGACUACCCUUUACCUCGAUUCGGCAUGGGUGCCUUUCGCUUGGCUCUGGCGGCCGUGUAUAACGAACUCACAGGUUUGGAUUUGACUUACACGCAAUACGGAAAGCCUUACCACGAAACCUAUGCAUUUGCGGAGAAGAUGCUUCGACAACAUAUAAAGGGUAUGGGGCGGGAUCCUUCAGAACGAUUGAAUGUGUACAUGAUAGGAGACAACCCAGAAUCCGAUAUAGCAGGUGCUAACUCCUACGGCUGGUCUUCGAUUCUGGUAGAAACUGGUGUGUUUAAGAAAGAAGAGGGACCUCCUGUCCAUACGCCUUCCAGAGUAGUUAAAGAUGUAGAAGAGGGUGUCAUGUGGGCUUUGGAGCAGGAAGGAUGGUGA